UUUCCAUUUUCCAGGAAAUCAGAUCUGCGACCCGUGGUAGACGAAAGCUCUCCACGUGGCAAAAUCAUAUUGGAGGAAACAACAACAAGCUUUCGCUCAUUGGCCAGUUUUUACAAGAACACGUCGCCAAAGUUCAGUCCCAAGCGUCAAGUCGUUGAUGCCUCACACUUCGCUUCGUGUAUACUGCAUUUGUUUUGUUUGUUAGAAGGUUUAAACUCCAAACUUUCGAGAGCACUCAAACUGGAAAAACGAUCCAUUGAAGAAUCCCCUCCCCCUAAUCUCUCUCUCUCAAAAAUUAGCAGUGUUUUGUCUGGAAUCGAAGAUCUGAUAAGAGUUUCUAAACAUUUGUAUAAGUUCUGGAACGAUCCAGUUUCUCUCCUGGUCUCAAUUCCAUGUUGCUUCCAAGAGCGAAGCUACUUUUUCUGUUAUGCGCUUUGUCUUCCGCGAUCGUCGCCAUUGCAGGGAAGAGUUAUUAUGAGGUAUUGCAAGUGCCGAAAGGAGCAUCAGAGGAGCAGAUCAAAAGAGCUUAUAGGAAGCUGGCAUUGAGGUAUCAUCCUGAUAAGAACCCGGGCAAUGAAGAGGCCAAUAAGCGAUUUGCAGAUAUUAACAAUGCUUAUGAGGUUUUGUCCGACAGCGAAAAAAGGGGCAUAUAUGAUAGAUAUGGAGAGGAGGGCCUGAAGCAGCAUGCUGCCAGCGGAGGCAGAGGAGGAAUGGGGGUCAAUAUUCAGGACAUUUUCAGCACGUUUUUUGGUGGUGGCCCAGCAGAGGAGGAAGAGAAAAUUGUGAAGGGUGAUGAUGUAAUUGUUGAAUUGGAUGCAACACUGGAAGAUUUGUACAUGGGAGGUACUAUUAAGGUUUGGAGGGAGAAAAACAUUUUAAAGCCAGCUCCUGGUAAACGGCACUGUAACUGCAGAAAUGAGGUCUAUCAUAAGCAAAUAGGUCCAGGGAUGUUCCAACAGAUGACUGAACAGGUUUGUGAGCAGUGCCAAAAUGUCAAAUAUGAACGAGAUGGAUAUUUUGUCACAGUUGACAUUGAGAAAGGAAUGCAAGAUGGACAAGAGGUGGUUUUUUAUGAAGAUGGUGAGCCUGUAAUAGAUGGAGAACCUGGAGAUUUGAAGUUCCGCAUUCGCACAGCACCCCAUGAUUGCUUCAGGAGGGAAGGCAAUGACUUGCACACCACUGUUACAAUAACACUUGUUCAAGCUCUUGUUGGUUUUGAGAAGACCAUCAAACAUCUUGACGAUCAUUUAAUGAACAUUGGCUCUAAGGGUAUUACUAAGCCAAAAGAGGUGAGAAAGUUCAAAGGAGAAGGAAUGCCAUUACAUUUCAGCAACAAGAAAGGAGACCUCUACGUCACGUAUGAAGUUUUAUUCCCCACAUCGCUGACGGAGGACCAGAAGGCCAAAAUCAAGGCAGUUCUUGGCUAGGAAUAGAGAGAGGAUACAAUUUUUUGUUGGAUCCUAAAAUGUUCCCAUUGUAACGUGACGAUGAUACAUAGAAACUAGGAAAUCUGGAGCGUCUCAAAAUUUUCUUCACUCCCUUUUCACCUAUUUCCUCCUACUCAUUAACAAAUUAUCAUGCAGUGUCUGAAAAAUGUCUUUGCUCUCUAACACGUUCAAGCGUCCAGCAAUUUGGAGGGGCUUGCUUAGCAUAAUAUAUUUUUUGGGCUCAUACGAGAUAUGUUACCUGUCUCGCUUCUUGUUUUGUGUUUCCGAGAAUGAUUAUCAAUGAGGAGUUAGUUGCCACUGUAAUUACUUUUCUUGCCUGUCUUCUAUCAAAGUCUGCGCCUAAAACAAUUCCAACUACUGAUGUAAGUGAAUAUUCUUCCUAUAAUCUCAAUUGAUAGUCAUUUUAUGAGAUGGGAGAGGAUCAAUUUUUGUUGUGUGAUUUAUUAAUAAAACAAAAUUGGGAGGAUUCGUUGUAAGUGGCCUGGUAUGAUGGCACUCUCUUUCUGU